AUGGCGAUCCUCCAGUUUCCUAAAGCUCCAGCUGCGAGCCAGGGCACCUUUCUGGGACUCACCAAGAAGCAAUGGUCGCUUACAACACUGACCUUUCAAAAUUCUGCCCUCAUCUUGAUCAUGCACUACUCCCGCAUGAUGCCUCCGACCGGCGACCACCGCUACUUUACCUCGACCGCCGUCUUCCUCAACGAGAUCAUCAAGCUCGCCGUGUCCCUCUCGCUAGCCAUCUACGACACCUCCAAAACCUUGGCUCCCACGACACCAGCCACCGUCCUGUUUGAGCAAAUCUACAACUCGGUCUUUGCGGGCGAUGGUUGGAAGCUUGCCCUAACGGCUGCGUUCUAUACCCUUCAGAACCUGCUGCAGUACGUGGCUGUGGGAAACUUGGAUGCCGUGCAUUUCCAGGUGCUUUACCAGCUCAAGAUCCUCAUCACGGCCCUCUUCAGCGUCGUUCUUCUCCGUCGACACCUCGGUCCCAAGCGCUGGUUCGCCCUCAUCAUCCUCACCCUUGGUGUCUCGGUCGUCUCUCUACCGCAAGGCAGCUCCUCGUCCAGCCCCUCCUACGUCCCUCUGCGCCACAUGACGGACCACUUCUUUCCCCGCUCGCUCCACGAACUCGGUCAUGUCCCUAGUGAUGGUUCUGGAAAACUGGCCAAGCGAUCUGCGACCUACCAGGGCAUCGACAAUGACCUGCCUCCUCUUGAUCCCCUCAUGAACUAUUCGGUCGGCCUUACUUCUGUUCUUGUGGCUGCCACUGUGUCUGGUUUGACGGGUGUCUACUUUGAGAAGCUCCUAAAAGAGAGCCCAACACAAGCUAGCGUCUGGAUUCGAAACGUGCAGCUGAGCUUUUACUCGAUCUUCGCUGCGGGACUGGGUGGUGUCAUUUGGCAAGACGGAGAGGGCAUCAGCGAGCAUGGCUUCUUUGAGGGCUACAACUGGGUCGUCUGGACUGCCGUUUUCCUCCAAGCUGCAGGCGGUAUACUGGCGAGCGUGGUGAUUCGCGAUGCCGACAACAUUGUCAAGAACUUUGCGACAAGCAUCAGCAUUGUCAUUAGUUUCUUGAUUAGCGUCUUGGUGUUCCACUUUGAAGUGUCUCUAACGUUUAUUAUCGGCACUUCCCUUGUUCUCCUCUCUACCUGGAUAUACAAUGCCUCGGACCGCGUCAUUCGUCGCCCUCCACCAAUCCAGAUCCACACAUUUGAGAAGGCGGCCAUUGAACCCUACCAGACGCCUCGCAACAUGGCGGCAAACCGGCUGAGCGUUAAUCCACUGGACUUUGAGGGUCCUCUUGGCUUGACCACCAGCAGACCCAGCAGCCCAAUGCUGCCCAGAACGCCGAGCCGGCUCAACAUCAAGAGAGAGGAGUGA